AUGUCCCAGCCACACACUAACUGUGAGGGGGAGGAUCUUUUCGGAGACGAGACCGGGCUGGAGGUGAAGUACAAGACAUUGACUUGGUGGCAGGCUGGAAUGAUUAUGAUAGCAGAGACCAUCUCUCUUGGAAUCCUGGCUCUCCCCAAAGUGCUAGCUACAUUGGGUCUUUUCCCUGGAAUUGCCGUCAUCAUUGGCGUCGGGGUGCUGACGACCUACACAGGACUAGUCAUUGGGGAGUUCAAGCGUCGCUAUGCUCAGACACAUACCAUGGCUGAUGCCGGAAGCAUACUGUGGGGAAGGACUGGCUUCGAAAUCCUGGGCGCUGCUCAGCUUAUCUUCUUCAUAUUCGUAAUGGCUAGCCAUAUACUGACCUUCUCUAUCAUGGUGAGCGUUCUCACCGGCUACUCGGGCUGUACAGUUCUAUUUUCCGUGGCUGGAGGAUUGCUUUCGAUCGUCUUCACCAUUCCACGACGUCUCGAAAGCCUGUCAUUUCUCUCCUCAAUCAGCUUUGCUAGUAUCCUCGGAGCAGUUUUGGUUAGCAUGGUUGGAGCAUCUCUCAACAAGCCAAGCCCUAUCCAGACAUCAUUACCGCCUACUUUUCACGACAUAGUGGUUGCAAUUGCAAACGUUGUAUUUGCGUAUGCUGGACAUGUUGCCUUCUUUGCCUUCUUUUCAGAGCUCCGGGAUGUGAAGGACUACCCAAGGGCACUGGCGUUAUUGCAAGUGACUGAGGUGACGCUCUACACAGUGACGGCUAUUGUACUCUAUGUAUUGGUUGGAAAGGAUAUUGCUUCCCCAUCCCUCAAUUCAGUCAGUCCACUCUUCAAGAAGAUAGCAUAUGGUAUUGCAAUCCCAACGAUUGUGAUAGCAGGUGUCGUCAACGCCCAUGUCGCGGUGAAAUCAUUAUACUUGCGGAUGUUUCACGGCAGGAAUGCCAUGCACUCACGUUCCUUCGGUGCAAUAUCCCUAUGGGUCGCUGUAUGCGCGACGCUAUGGUUUUUGGCCUGGGUAGUAGGGGAAAGCAUACCGGUUUUCAACGAUAUCUUGGGGCUUACGAGCUCGUUGUUUGCCAGCUGGUUUACGUUCAGUCUUCCAGGCUUGUUUUGGCUUUACCUCAAUGUACCUGGGAGGCCUCUCGGUUGGAAACAGACAAUGCUGAUAGGCUUCAGUUGCAUGAAUGUCAUCAUCGGGCUAGUUGUCGUAAGCUGGACCUACCGUUGUCACUGGCUAACCAACUAA